GUGAGAGUCUGUCUGUGUGUGGGAGUCUGUCUGUCUGACCGUGUGCGUGCGUGCGUGCUUGUAUGUUUGCGGAGACGAUAAGUAUAUGAUUACACCACCGCAUGGACACUGUGUUGUACUACCAACUGUGCAUACAUCCAUAUGUAGGUGCGUAUAUAAGUAUACAUAUAUAAAUCUAGAUAUUGGGAGUGUAUAGUCGCCAUCCAUAGGUUGGCCGCGGUGUCUGGAUUGAGUAGAACUGUGCGAGUGGAUUCGAGCCGCAGGCAGAGGGAGUGUCUCGGGGCGCUCCAGCCCGAAUUCAUGUGCGCUUUGGGGUGGACUUCAAGAAAACUAGAAUAUGCCUUGUUUGCUUCCCUAAUGCCUUUUUAUUUCCCCUGUAUGGAACAAGUGAUCAUUUUAUUUACAGUUGCACAAAGGAGUUAAUUUUUUUUAUCUGAAUGAGUUUUUGUUGGGCAUUAUGUUUUGUUCCGGAUGCCCACCUCCGCCGAGAGGCUCGAGGGCGCAGCUGUGGCAGCUGUGUGAGUUGUGUGGCUGCCCGGGCGCCUUGGCCCGCCGCCGAGAGCCCGGGGCCGCGACCCCAGGCUAGCGUCCGGUGUCUGAGAGUCGCUCCUGACCUGGGUGUUAUUUUCCAGGUGGCCUCCAGAGACCCCCAGGCUCGUCCCCAAGGGCACUCUCACCUCUCCACCUCAGAGGUCGCCAUCGCAAGGGCCCUCCUCACCAUCCCCGAGCAGUCAGCUGCUUUCUCCUCGGCGGCGGCGGCGGCGGCCUCCUCCUCCUCCUCCUCGCCGUUUAACCCCUCCGCCCUGCCUAAGCGCACGCUGGCCUCCGCCCCGCGCCGCUCGGGGGCCAUGGCCAAGCACGGGGUCUGCGCCGUGAGCGCCCCAAGCGUGAGCAUCAGCAGCGCCGGCCAUGCCACCCCCAUGGCCACCCUGCGCUGCUCCACCUGCCCCGAGUGCGGCAAGAUAUUCCGCGGCGACUACCACAAGUACAACCUGAAGAAGCACCUGACAAUCCACGCGGGGCUCCGGCCGUUCCCGUGCCCCGUGUGCAACCUGGCCUUCAACCAGAAGGUGUCCAUGAAGCGCCACUUCGCGUCCGUGCAUCGCUCCGUGGACCCCAUCGCGCCCGUCAGCCAGUAACCCCGGAGCCUCGUCGGAGGAGGCCGGAGGGCGUCGAGAGGUGCGAAGGGAGCCCCGGGAAGGGCGGGCGUCCUUAUCAGUGCGAAAAACAGCUCCGUUACCUUGUUUACGUUUAUUUCUUGGCGUCAAGAAGCAAGCACAUUCGCUAGGUUAGGGCUUCGGCUGUGUGGUCGGGUCUGGUUGGGGAGGAACGCCAGUGCUGUGGGAAUCGACCGACGUGGCUUUUAGUCAUGCAGAUUAUUGCAGAUGCUUAGUAGAAAGUUUCAAAAAUGCGUAACAACAUUGUUAUAAAAACAACAAAAAACAGCAAAAAAAAUAGCAAAAAUAAUUAUUCUGAUUAAAAACUAUUCUUAAUUCUUACCUAUAUUUUGUCUACCAACACCACUAGCUUAGCAAAUGGUCAUUAUUUUGCAGGGUGACGUCUUGCUCCCCAGCACAUUGAAUGACGCCGUCUGUUACGUGUGCGGCCAGAACUUUCUCGGAAACAACCGCAAAAACAACCUGAAGCAACACCUGGCCAUCCACUCUGGCCUCAGGCCCUUUCGAUGCCACGUGUGCCCUCUCACUUUUGUCAGAAAGAGCCACCUAAAACGACACCUUGCCACAUUACAUAAAUUCUUAAUGGACUAGUGUUCAGUGAGGACAGCCUUUGUGUGAUCCUGAGGCAGAUAGAAAAUAUAUAAAUAAAUAAACACAAAACAUGGGUGCAGUUACCUCGGGGAGGGUGCAGUCUUGGCCGUCCCGUGGCGGGAUGAGGCGGAGGGGGGCGAGGGCAGUUCCGUCUGCGGUGUGUGUGGGCGGGAGUUCCGCGGAAGGAAGUCGCAGCGGACUUUCAACCUUAAGCAGCACCUCAGCAUCCACGCUGGGCUGCGGCCCUUCCAAUGCCCGCUGUGCACGCAAGCCUUCAACAGAAAGAGCCACCUCAAGGGCCACCUGCUGGCGAGGCACGGCACCACGUUGCCGCAGUGAUAUGGCCGCGGUGGGCUAGGGAGCGCGAAAC